GUGAGUGUUGGGGUUCUGAGAGAGAGACACACAGAGACACAGAGACAGAGAGAAAGAGGGAGAGAGAGCUACUUAAUCCUCCUGACACAACAGAGGAGUGUUGAUCAAGCUGCUUCUGGCUUUAUUCUUUCAGAUAAACAUGGAGGGAGCCGUGUGUAACAUCCAGGUGCUGCUCAGAGCUGCAGAGUUUCUGGAGAGGAGAGAGAGAGAGGCAGAACAUGGAUAUGCCUCUGUGCUGCCUGUCAGCUCAGCUCUGUCUGAUAAGAGGAGCAAACACAAGAGCAAAAAGAUAUCAGCUCCUGGAGGUGGAAAUAGGUCUGUUCACAAUGAGCUGGAGAAGAACAGACGGGCUCAGCUAAGAUAUUUCUUAGAGCAGCUCAAAAAGCAAGUUCCCUUGUCCACUGACUCGAUGAGGAACACGACCCUGAACCUGCUGAGACGGGCACAGCUCCAUAUAAAGAAGUUGCAGGAGCAGGACGAGCGUGCGGAGCAGCUAAAAGGCCGUCUGCGCUGGGAGCAGAGGGAACUCAGGAUUCGACUGGAGCAGCUUCAGAGAACUGAGAGAAUGAGGAACAACAGUCAGGGCUCAACUAUGUCGUCUGAGAGGUCAGACUCCGACAGAGAGGAUGUGGAGGUGGACGUGGAGAGUAUCGUGUUUGAUUGUGUGGACUCUGAGCUGCACAUAACACACACAGAUGCAGACCACUGUUACUCCAGCUUGGACAAGGCCUGGCUAUGACCGAAGGCGACGCGCUUCUACACGGUACCUCAUUUUUUAUGUUGGAGGCGAAGUUGAAAACAUUCCAAAAAAAAAAACCAUCUGAUGUGUUACUGUACAAUCGCUUGCUAAUAUUGACAGAGGCAUUACAUCGAACACUCCUGUCUUUUACACUUUUGUGAUUACAAGCUAAAUAUUGUUGGUUAUGAAUGAGCUGUGUCUAUUUGCACUGAAAAGCAGUUAAGAUUCAUCGGGUUUGUGUGGACGCCACUUUACCGCCAACAGGACCACGACUUUGCAUUAACCUGCCACAAAGUGUUUCAGACCUAAGUCAACUCAGUAAGGGCUUAUUUAACUUAUUCUUUUCUAUAUUAUACAUUCUGCCUUAAAUCAAAUUAGGUGUAGUACUUUGUAUAGCUUAAGCAGUAAAUCCAUACUUCAGUCUCGUGUAGCAUGCACUUAAACUCUAUUUUUGUAAUAUUGUUUCAUUAUGUAAGUUCUGACAUGUAUCUUCUCUUGCACAAAUCACACAUAUGCACUUGUCUCACUCUGGGUUUAGGACAGAUCAACUUAAAAACAGCAAAGGUCACGUUUGCAUUUUUCUGAAUGACCAAAUAUGGAUGGUUAGGUGUGAUUGACAACUGUUCCAUGUGUUUACUUUAAAGCUAAUCUGAUCAAUUAUGCAUGUAACCGUUUUAUAUCAGCAGCACUUGUAAAGAUUAUGCAGUAGGUCAUGUGCUGUGUUAUUCAUUGCAUUGUAUUUAAUUUCAUAAAGGCAGUUUGCCUUUUAACUUGUUAUGCAAAAUGCCUUAUUUACCAUGUGUAUGUAUGCCUUCAUUUGUCUCUUCACCCAGUAAUAUUAUGUAGCAACUUUUGUACUGGUGUAAGCUUUUUAUGAGUAAAUAUUUUCUAUAUUU